AUGAGGCGGCGGCUUGCCAUUCAUGCUUUUGACAGCUGCGCGGCCGCCAGCGAGCGGAGAGCGAAGUGCUCUCUGCACCAGUCCCUGCGCCCCUGGUCGGUACCCCCGGGCGGGAGGGCCCGCUGGCGACAACAUUCAAUGGUGCCCCGGGGCCCACCGGCCGGCUCCUCCGUAGGUGGCUGCGUUUCCGACUUCGCCUUGGCUCCGCUCCGGGGGCUUGACGUGCAAACUUCGCCGGAGCGAGCUGAGAGGGAGGGACCGGCGAGGGGGAGGAGGCGACGGGAGGCGCCUCUGCUUAAGGGAGCCGGCCGGGCACCGCCGCUCGGACGGACGCGCGGACGGAAGGAAGGAGCGGGGUCGCCGGGCCCGGCCCGGGGAUGCGAGCGGCCUCAGGGUGGGCAGCCCGAGGGUUGGGGGUGCGUCUUCGGGCCUCUCCGCCGCGGGCAGCCGUGGCAGGGGCAGCUCCGGGCUCCGGCCUCCGUGCGGUCUCGGCGGCAGAGGCAGGCAAGGGACCCUACGCCGCGGUGGCGGGCCGGCGGCGGCUCGUCCCCUCCCGCGAGGGGCCGCGGGAGUCGAAAGCGAAAGCGAGCCCGCGCCGCGGACUUUGCGCCCGGGGCGGGGGGUGGCCGCAGGCAGCCCGGCCCCAGGCGUCGCAGCUCGAGCCCCAGCGCGUUAGCCACGUUGCCCACAAGCGCGCCGGGUGCCUGCUCCUCCGGCACCGAGUAUCGCAGCUGGGAGGCCGCGGGGCGGCAGCAGCAGCAGCAGCAGCAGCCACCGCAGCCCCAGCGGCAGCAGCCGCCUCCGCGGCGCCUCCGGCCGGAGGACGGCGGCCCCGGCGCCGCCUCCACCUCGGCCGCCGCCGCAAUGGCGACCGUCGGGGAGCGCAGGCCCCUGCCCAGUCCAGAAGCGAUGCUGGGACAGUCGUGGAAUCUGUGGGUCGAGGCUUCCAAACUUCCUGGGAAGGACGGGACGGAAUUGGACGAAAGUUUCAAGGAGUUUGGGAAAAACCGCGAAGUCAUGGGGCUCUGUCGCGAAGACAUGCCAAUAUUUGGUCUGUGUCCAGCCCAUGAUGAUUUCUACUUGGUGGUGUGUAACGACUGUAAUCAGGUUGUCAAACCGCAGGCAUUUCAAUCACAUUAUGAAAGAAGACAUAGCUCAUCCAGCAAGCCUUCUUUAGCCGUUCCUCCCACUUCAGUAUUUUCCUUCUUCCCUUCUCUGUCCAAAAGCAAAGGAGGCGGCGGCGGUGGAAGCAGCCGCUCUUCCAGUGGAGGAGUUCUAAGCGCAUCCUCGUUAAGUUCCAAGUUGCUGAAAUCACCCAAAGAGAAAUUCCAGCUCAGGGGGAACACCAGGCCCAUGCAUCCCAUUCAGCAAAGUAGAGUCCCCCAUGGUAGAAUCAUGACGCCCUCUGUCAAAGUGGAAAAGAUUCAUCCGAAGAUGGAUGGCACACUACUGAAAUCUGCGGUGGGGCCCACCUGUCCUGCUACUGUGAGUUCCUCAGUCAAGCCUGGCCUUAACUGCUCCUCAAUACCAAAGCCAACCUUGCCUUCACCUGGACAGAUUCUGAAUGGCAAAGGGCUUCCUGCACCAUCCACUCUGGAAAAGAAGUCUGAAGAUAAUUCCAAUAACAGGAAAUUUUUAAAUAAGAGAUUAUCAGAAAGAGAGUUUGACCCUGAUAUUCACUGUGGGGUCAUCGACCUCGACACCAAGAAGCCCUGCACCCGGUCUUUGACAUGCAAGACACAUUCCUUAACUCAGCGGAGGGCUGUCCAGGGUAGAAGAAAACGAUUUGAUGUGUUAUUAGCCGAGCACAAAAACAAAACCAGGGAAAAGGAAUCGAUUCGCCAUCCGGACUCUCAGCAACCAACGCAGCCUCUCAGGGACCCGCAGCCCGCCCCUCCUCGACCGUCACAGGAGCCGCACCAAAACUCUCACGGAGUGAUUCCUUCCGAAUCAAAGCCUUUCGUAGCUAGUAAACCUAAACCUCACACCCCCAGUCUUCCAAGGCCUCCAGGCUGCCCUGCUCAGCAAGGUGGGAGUGCCCCCAUUGACCCUCCUCCAGUCCAUGAAUCUCCACACCCUCCCCUGCCUGCCACUGAGCCAGCUUCUCGGUUAUCCAGUGAGGAGGGAGAAGGCGAUGACAAAGAAGAGUCUGUUGAAAAACUGGACUGUCAUUAUUCAGGUCAUCAUCCUCAGCCAGCAUCUUUUUGCACAUUCGGGAGCCGGCAGAUCGGAAGAGGCUAUUACGUGUUUGACUCCAGGUGGAACCGGCUUCGCUGCGCCCUCAACCUCAUGGUGGAGAAGCAUCUGAACGCGCAGCUGUGGAAGAAAAUCCCACCGGUGCCCAGCACCACACCACCCGUCUCCACACGUGUUCCUCAGCGGACAAACUCUGUGCCGACAUCACAGUGUGGGGUCAGCUAUCUGGCAGCAGCCACUGUGUCGACGUCUCCCGUCCUGCUCUCGUCCACCUGCAUCUCCCCAAACAGCAAAUCGGUACCAGCUCAUGGAACCACACUAAAUGCACAGCCCGCUGCCUCCGGGGCCAUGGAUCCUGUGUGCAGUAUGCAAUCCAGACAAGUGUCCUCUUCGUCCUCCUCCCCCUCCACUCCCUCUGGCCUUUCCUCAGUGCCCUCCUCUCCUAUGUCCAGGAAACCUCAGAAGUUGAAAUCCAGCAAGUCUUUAAGGCCCAAGGAGCCUUCUGGUAACAGCACUAACUGUCACAAUGCCAGUAGCAGUACCAGCGGCGGCUCAGGAAAGAAACGCAAAAACAGCUCCCCACUGUUAGUUCACUCUUCCUCCUCCUCCUCUUCUUCUCAUUCCAUGGAGUCUUUUCGGAAAAACUGUGUGGCACACUCUGGGCCUCCCUACCCCUCCACGGUAACAUCCUCCCACGGCAUGGGCCUCAGCUGUGUGGUCAGUAAGGCGAACUCGGUGAGUGCCCGGCACGACCCGUCAGGGAGGGGCCCCCCCGGUGGGAGCCCCGCUGAGUCCAUCAAGAGGAUGAGUGUGAUGGUGAACAGCAGCGACUCCACGCUCUCUCUGGGCCCGUUCAUUCACCAGGCCAGCGAGCUGCCCGUCAACUCCCACGGCAGCUACUCACACUCUCACACUCCUCUGGACAGACUGAUAGGAAAGAAAAGAAAGUGCUCGCCUGGCUCCAGCAGCGUCAACAGCAGCAGCAGCAGCAAACCCACAAAGGUUGCCAAACUGCCGGCCAUGAACAACGUGCAUAUGAAACACGCGGGCGCCAGCCCAGGGGCACAAGGACUGACGAACAGUUCCCUCCUUCAUCAGGGAGGCAGGGAAGCAGCAGUAAGUGUGGGCAGAGAUGAAGACUCUCAUUUAAGUGAAGAGAUGAGAAAGAAAUGUGAAUACAGGCCCAUUUGUAGAGCGGUGGCUAACUGGGUGUCCGAUUCAUAAUGACCCAUGACUCUGUGUCUUGUGCUCUUUGUUCCCUACUCUUCCCCCGUUACCGUCAUCCCCUCACCCUCUUCUCCUGGAGCCACUUCCUCCAGCUUCCUUUGCUCUAAGUGCCCGUUCAUCUCUCUUCUUGUGACUUCUCUCAUCAGCGUAUCUCCUCCCCUUGCCUGCGCACGGGGAUUUCAGCAGCAUCCCCCAGAGCCCUGAUUGACAGUGCAAGCCCUGAUUGGCAGUGUUCUGUUCUGUUUUCUUUCUCCUCUGCAGAACUUAACUCAAUUGGCAGGUGAGGACUUUUUCAGAAAAUACCAGGAAGUUUCUUACAAUGAUAGAGUUCCCUCCACUAUCUGUGCGAAUGAGUACCCGCUGCCAAAGGUGUGGGGAAAGAAUUAUCCGUGAAUUUAAAUAGCAACUGUUUAAAUUCUUCUCUUUGAGCCUCCAGUCUAAAGGGGCUGUUUGUAUGUUGCUUGGCUUUUUGAGCAAGGGCUCCCUGGACAUGUGAAAAUGGGCUUUUACCACUUGGUUUGUAGUGAUUCAUUAUAGUUUAUCAGCAUAAAAAGACAGUGCAAAUAUUGCAGGAAGUUGUAUUGCCAUCCUUUAAAAACUUCCUUCUGAGUGUAGUUUCCUGAGUCUCUGUGAACCUGAGGGAGGGAUGUUCCCUUGUGUUGCGAUGCCCCACACAUUCUUUUACUGUGUGCACCUGUCUUCUUGUAGGCAGGGCUGCCAGCCCUCAAUGCCCACAAGUCACAGAAAGGAGGGGAGGAGGCUGGUGGGUGCAACGGGGAUUAACAGUGCUCGUGGAAAAUGAGGGAGCGGGAGCCCAUCUACACAGAGCAGGUGCUCCCAGAAACCUGUCACCCAUUUCAAAAAAACUGCAUAUUUGGACGUGGUGUGAGAAAUGUGGCCAUGUUUAAAAGUUAUGUAGUGUUUUGUUUUGUUUUGCAAUCUGGUACAGCCCACACAUCUACUGACCAAGUAUGGCUUGUGAGCUGCCAGUCUGCCACUUCUGAUGCCCACCAUCGGGGAGAGUUCUGUCCCACUAGGACAAACAGGCUGAGUCUGGGUUCUUAAAAUCAGUUUUAGUUUAAGUGUAUAUUUGAGAAAGAUUUCCCCUCUGCAGUGGGAAACUUUUUUAUUAUUCUGCACAAAUCUUGGGUGGGCAGGUGGGUGGGUGGGGGCCCAUGGCUAGAGAUUGGAGGGUCAGUGAACCCCCAAAAAAGUAUUGGGUAUUUUCAGUGUGCUCAUUUAUCUGCAGGAGGGAUCCUGUAGCUUUCAUCAGAAUCUCAAAGGUAUCCACGACUCCAAAAUGCUGUGGAGAAUGCUGCUCUUACAAGAGUAGGAACCUCAACUCCCUGUAUCUUGUGGAGCUGAUUUUAAGAUUUGAUUAAUUUACUUUUUGGAGGGGGUGGUAGGGCAGAGGGAGAGAGAGAAUCUCAGGCAGACUCUGUACUGAGCGUGGAGCCCGACACAGGGCUCGAUCCCAUGACCCUGAGACCACCACCUAAGCCAUAACCAGGAGUUGGAUGCUUAACCGACUGACUGCACCACCUGGGCACCCCUUGUGGAGCUGAUUUUAAAACAGAGAAAACCGAGGUGGUUGAAGACCCCCUAGACCAGGGAGUGUGGUGUGGUGGGCUGUACUGGGAAGCCUGGCAGGUGGGGCUUGGCAGCUCCCCCCGCCUCCAGUCUGCUCGUGGCCUCUACCACCAAGGACUUCAGUAGCUCCCUGUGGGUCACUGGGGCCCCCCCCACCCCAGGCACAGGCACUCAGGUGUGAGUUCUCACACCUGCGUGUGCUACCCCAUAUGACCUUGUUCAGUUCUCAGUUGACAACCUGUAAGACCUUCAAGGAAAUGAAAUCAGUAAAUAAAACCAAAAGGCAAACAUGAGAGCCUUCUCUCUAAGCUAGAAACCUGGCCUGCAUCUCUUCUAGAAAAGUCAGUCUUUUAGGAUGAUUGUGCCCAAGGGCGGAACAGGCAUUUGAAAGCUAAGGCCACAUGGGGUAGCUGAGUGCUCCUGGCCUCGCCCGGAGCUUGGGGAGAGUGCUCUGUGGCCUUCGGGAUGCUCUUGGGCGUCAGGGCGGUGCAGCUGCUUACUUACCUUCUCAUUGUUUCCCUACCCCCUCUUUUUUGAAAGCCAAAGGCACGUCCCUGACAGCUGAAAAUAGCGCGGGGAGGAAUAAUCUGGACACUUUUGACGACAAGUUACACCUCCACUCAGCACUAUGGACUCCACGAUGCCUUUGAGUCUGUUUUCCCAACCUCCUGUGGGCCUCGAGGGUAGAAAUCUGCCGGGCUGUUGUUGUAACGAGGAUUUCCCUGAAGCUAUGUCUGUAGCAGUGAGUACUUGUAAAGGACACUGGAUCAAGUUCAGCCACCGAAUUGCUUUGAUCAGUGUUAAAGUGGUCUGGACUGCUUGCUAGCAAUCUGUGAGAAGUUGUUGCUUUGUUUUUUAACUUGCAGUAAAUCAUGGAGCCGCUCUUGGAGUAGAUUGGCUGGGCGAAAGAAUGUCUUGGCAAGAGCAUUACUGUAGAUUUUUCUCCCUUCUUCCCCUUCCCAGUUCUUUUUUUACACUGUCUUCUGUAGGUCACCCUCCAGCAGUUAGGUGCCCCAUCUGGAGACGCCUUCCAGAGGAGAGCAGGGCUGCACGCUGAGCGGCCCUCCGGAGAAGGGAGGUGCUGUUAGCUCUUUAUAGCAGUGUUCCGGGAGUGCACUAUGGAUGGUAGCCUAAGGCACCAUGGCAGAAUAGCGUGUAUUUCCCCCCAGCCUUUUGCAAGUAAUUUGGGGUAAGAAGCUGUCAAAAGUUUCUAACUUACAAACUGGUUUAAAGCCAUCAACGCCCAGAGAGCAAAUAUACCACAUUUUAGAGGCUUACUUUUCAUGGUACAAAAGCGAUUCUAUGUGAUUUCUUUCUUUCUUUCUUUUUUUUUUAAGAAAAUGCAAAUGCAAACUAGUUUUGAUAAUGGAAAGCCAAAUUUUGGUUGGGGGACGGGGCAGGGGAAGUGUGGAUAAAAUCACUAUGGGGGAAAUGUUUUUCCAAGAUUUCCAAAGAGAUGAAAUUGUUUAUUCUUUAAGUUUUCAUGUUAUACAGUAAGGCAGAUUGGGUUGGUUGCCCUGCCCAGUCUCCUGUUUUUAAAAAAUUGCCUUUGUAAAGUGAAGGGGUGCAGCAGAAACUGUCAUUCACUAAGUCAUUAAUAUACUGAAAUGUUUCCAGGGCACUGUGUGCAUUACCCUUAGUCUCUGUGGCUGCUGUCCUGGGACUCCGCGUACAUUUCUGCUUUGAGCACUCCCCAUGAUGUGUGUGUCUGCACCCCCUUCCUCUCCACAUGUUCAUUUGGAUGCCGUUGGGUGGGGAACAGGCACCAAGGGAGGGGAGUAGGCAACUGUGUACACAUGCCCAGGCAAAGAUGAUGUAAUGCAGAAACUUUCCCGACAAACCCUCCUUUCUGGGGAUUAAUACCAGCCAUCUUCCGGAGAGAGUUUUGGAGUCCCUUGAGGUUAUUUAUUUAUUUAUAUAUAUAUUUUGAGUACCCCAACCCAAAAAGAAAGAGCUUCCUAUGUUCAAAUUUCAUUGCUUGAGAAGGUGUUAAUGAAUUGGGGGGAUGAGCUGGGGCAUGUGAACUGGUGAUUCCAUGAUCACAGCUCCUGAAAUAAGAACCCAGGCACUUUUCCUUAGAAGAAUACACAGAGUUGCCGAACAUCACAGGGUACAUUUCCCCGGGCUCUGAUCACUGGACAGAGCUAGUCAGUGCAUCCUUUCUUUCCCUACAAUUCUUGGGUUACAAAUGUCAGUUUCAGGGAAUUUCAAGUCAACAACAAGUAGAAUGAAUAAAUACUUGGUUACCAGCCUAAUAAUGUGAAUUGCUACAGAAUUAUUCUUAUUAUGUAAGACAACAAAAACUUUAUGCAGAUACUUUAGCUAUAAAUUGAUGUAAAAUAUUGAUUUUUUUUUAAAGGAAGGGGAGAAGAGUAUCUUGUUCACUUAUUAUGCAAUCAGUAAAUAUUUUUAAAAAAUGAUACUAUAGGAGAGCUUAGUAAGGAGAGCGCAUGGAUGGGCCAGUUUGGUGUAGUUAGGAGAAAUCAGUCUGGUUGUUCCAUCCCAGUGGAGGGAGAGAACAGAGGUAAGGGGGAAUCAGAACGUACUUAGUUGAUUCCUUGGUGACAAGUGCAAUGGGGUAUGGGUAGAAUUUAUUUUCAGAGCCAAGAGGACUUGAUGGAUAUAAAUAAAGUGCUUUUAGCGAUGGAAUUUAUAGACAGAUCAUGUUGUUCCGAAAGAUGUGAAUAGGAUCCAUGAUAGCAAGUUGAUUCAGAAUUAUGUAGAUAUUUAGAUAAGCGAGUGUUGAUCAUUUGAUUUCUUAGACCGAGGUUUUAAUUGAAUUUCAUUAUGUCUCCCGGUAGUACGCAGAUCAUCGGGAUUAGGAAAUUAGCCAUUUUGGAUUCUGCCUGCCACAAACAGACCUAUUCUAAACAGUGCUAUUAAAUUUUAGACUGUUCAAAUAUUUUAUUUUCUCCUACAACUACUUUUUAUUAUAAUGAACAAUUAAGACCAUUUAAAACACGGGAGUACAAGUAUUUUUUUGAAUUAAAUUAACUUGCAAAAACCAAAUUUGCAGUGGUUGGGUUGUUUCUAGACAGACUUUGGUAUCAAUUUAAAACCAAGAUAAUUUUUAUAUUCUUUCCAAUAGAAUUUCAUGACAACUCCUGCAGUUUUCUUAACCUACAAAAAAAAAAAAAAAAGUGCUGCAUUGAUGAACAAAGAAUUCUACAAAACCUACUUUUGUAUCUUUAUUUUGGAAUUUCUUGUUCUAUUAUAAAUAUGGAAGUAUCCCUAUUUCAGAAGACAUAUUUUGUUAAAAAUGAAUUGUACAUAUUUAAAUAUGUAUUUUUGCACAGGUCUUUUUUUCUGAUAUCCUGUUUUGGUACAAUUGAGAUCAUCUAGUAUUUAUUUAUUAAUUAAUAAAAGUAAAUACCUUUUUAUAAUUUGAAGUGGUUCACUGCCAAGCCAAUAGUUCUAGAACCUGCCUCCUUUACAGUUUAAGGGAUGCCUCUGUUCUGUGAAAGUCUUUUUGUCCCUUUUAAUGUCUCGGGAGCGGAUUUGUGCCGAUCAAGUGGGCAUUUUGCUUCUCUAGUUGCCUGAUUUCCCGAUAGACUACACGUAACGAAGUGACACACUGCUUUUCUUUUGUUCGUGUUUUAUGUGUGCGUUUGAGUGUGCGUGCGUGCCUGUGCGUUUGUAUGUGCACACUCUGAGCACAUGUGUGCUCGUGUGUGAUGUGGUUUAAAACUAACGGGAAAACUGAAAGUGCCUGAACCUAGUUUUAAGCUUCGACAGAUUCUUUAAAAAGACUUGAAUGUUCAGUUCAACUUUUGGAGUUUGCUUUUUCCACUGAAAUAUUGUUUCUAAAAUCUUAGGGGAGGAGAUGAAAACCACCAAUGCUGGUAAUUUUAUAAGGUAUUUUAAAAUUAAGGCCUUUUGGUUCACAGUAAAUCAACUGGUGACAGAUUGCCUGGUGGCACCAAGGGUUACAAAUCUUUUUUGUCAGCCAGCGACUUACACAACAUGUCCGUUUUGUUAUUCACUCAUGAAAUACAGAGUUUAAAAUAGAAUAUUUAAAAGAUUUUAUAUUCCAAAAAUAUAAUACAGAGUACCUCUAGAACAUUGAAAAACGUGUAAUUUGAAAAAUGUAACUUAUAAAGGCAGCUGUCUUCCUGCAAGAGUUCUGUUGCCAAGGAAUUUCUCACUAUCUCUCUGUCCGGGGAGGGGAGUGGGGGGGGGGGCUUUGGAAAAUGAUUGUUAAAAGUUUCGUUGUUUAGCAGAAAAUAUAAUCAUUUUUACAUUUUGUGCAAAACAUUCUACGUUUUCAGAUCAUUUAAAUGAGCACUACAUACUGUCAGUGUGAAUGUAGGGCCUUGAAAAGCAUUUUGCUGUUUCUUUGAGCUUGGUCAUAAAAGCAAUCUCCUGUGUUAAAAUGUGUGAAUAGUUUGAUAAUUUGUACACAUAAUCAAGAGCAUCUCAGCUGGACUUCGUGUUGGCUGCUGUAGAGAACAUGAACAAAUGUCAAGGGAUAGAAAAUGACUUUGGAUAUUUAAAAGAGAAGAAAUAUAUAGUCUAUUUGUUUUGUAACAAGUUUCUGUAAAUAAAAUAAUUUAUACUAUUUAUAAGAAAAGGUUGUGCUUUGCUUUAUGAGAAAUUAGUUUGUGGAACAAACAUGUUACUAAAUGGGCAAUAAAAUUAGGACUUCUCAAUAAAUAA